UGCUUCCAACAUGGGCUCUUGCCGCUGUUCACAGCUGAGGUGCUGAUUUCAAAGUGCUGUUACUCCGCACAGCAAACAAACGCACGCACGAAUAGUGUUCACUGGAAAACUUUUUUUCUUCUUCAAGUUUUCUGUUUUAAAUUUGGUUUAAAUAGACUGUUGAAACAUCUGUGAUUUUGUAAAAAACAACGUUUAAUCAAGAAGCUCGACAGAGGGUUUGCGAUGGACAUACGCUUUGGACAGGUGCCGCUCGCCGUCGUGCACAGACACGGAGGGUUGAACCAGCUCGGCGGUGUUUUCAUAAACGGGCGCCCGUUACCGCACGUGCUGAGGCAGCACAUCGUGGAGCUCGCGGAGCGGGGCGUGCGUCCCUGUGAGAUCUCCCGCCGCCUGCGUGUGAGCCAUGGCUGUGUCAGCAAAAUACUGACCAGGUUCAAUGAAACAGGAAGCAUCCUACCAGGAGCAAUCGGAGGCUCUAAACCCAAAGUGGCCACACCCAGAGUUGUGCAGACAAUCCUGCAUAUGAAGCAGUCCAACCCCUCCAUGUUUGCCUGGGAGAUCAGAGACAAGCUGCUGUUGGAGAGAGUGUGUGAACUGGAUAGCGUACCCAGUGUCAGCUCUAUCAACAGGAUUAUCAGAAACAAAGUCCAGUUGCAGUCACGUAAAAGUGCAUCAUCUGCUGCCAGUGAACCGGCGUAUUCCUCCAAGUCAACGCAUUCCAUCAGCGGAAUUCUGGGAAUAAGGAAAUGCAGCAGCAAACAUAAAGAAGGUGGUGACGUCUCCUGCAGCAUCUCCAGCAACCAGCCAUGUUCCUGUAAUGAAACCUUUGAGUGGUCUGACCCCUGCCUAAUGCCUCUCUCCAGUCUGACCUUUUACCCUGGGCUGCCAGCUUAUAAUAAUCAAAACCUCUAAGGGCCUCCAUGUCAUUAUAACUGAACAGGGCUGCAAAGGACAACAAAAUAAAGAAUACCAUCCCCCUGAAUGUUGCAAUCAAGAAUAUUUGGAUUGUAUUCAAUUGUAAUAAACUUAAUAUGACUAGCAUCAAGGUAAAACAAUGUUUGAAUAAAACCAAAAUUGCAUACUUCA